AUAUAAAGGAUCACUAGGGACAAAAAGUUCUCCUGAUUAAACAAAAUCAAAGUGCUAUCGGCAUAUAAUAUCUCACCUUCUCUAUAAUACCUCCUCGGCGUUCCAUCAGCUAUCCAAAUUAAGCAUCGAGUGUAACACCUCACCAAGACACAAGAAGCUAAACAAGAUAAAGAGCAGAAAAAACAAUAAAUUUUUUGAGUUGAAGAUGGCUUCAAGUGGAGGAAGCAGAGCGUGGAUUGUUGCAGCAAGUAUUGGAGCUGUUGAGGCUUUGAAAUACCAAGGGUUUUGCAGGUGGAAUCAUCCAAUUAGGUCACUUAACCAACAUGCCAAGAAUAAUGUUAUAUCAUUCACUCAGGCAAAGAAGCUUUCUUCUUCUGCGAUUGUUUCUAGCAAAAUUACAGAUGAAAAAACAAAGCAGGCUGAGGAGCCUUUGAGGAAAGUUAUGUACUUGAGCUGUUGGGGUCCUUACUGACACUGAUGUUCAUUUUAUUUUUGAUAAAGCAGAGGUUGUAGUAUGUUCGAUUUCUAGUCGUUCAAAAUGACGAGAGGAAAUAUGAAAUUGUAUAGGAAAGCCUUUUCUUUUGAUCAGAAAAAAGAGAGUAACUUUGUCAACUUGUUUUCUUUCUGUUGGUUAUACGGUAAAUCAUGGAUCUCUCACCGUCACACGGUGGGCAACUGGGCAUGUUGAU